AGGAAAAGCGAAAACCCUACUAAAGGUUUUGUCUCUCUCUCUCUCUGUCGGGAUCAGAUUUGUUCUUACCAAUCACAAACUCCAUUGUCGCCAGCCCAAGUUUCUAAGCUUUCUGAUUGUCAAGAUGCUACCAACUGAUUCAAAGAAGGCCUUAUCAUUCAAAAGAUGUAUCGAAGACGGAGACUUGGUUAUCGUUUACGAGAGACACGACGUGAUGAAACCUGUUAAAGUAACCAAAGACGGUGUGCUUCAGAACCGUUUCGGAUUCUACAAACACUCUGAUUGGAUCGGGAAGCCGUUAGGAGCCAAAGUGUUCAGCAACAAGGGCAAAUUCGUGUACCUCCUGGCUCCCACUCCCGAGCUCUGGACGCUUGUGUUGAGCCACAGGACUCAGAUUCUCUACAUUGCGGAUAUCAGCUUCGUGGUGAUGUAUCUAGAAGUCGUGCCUGGGUGUGUUGUUCUCGAGUCAGGGACGGGGAGCGGUUCGCUUUCCACUUCGCUUGCUCGUGCUGUGGCUCCGACUGGUCAUGUGUAUUCGUUUGAUUUCCACGAGCAACGAGCUGUCUGUGCAAGGGAAGACUUUGAGAAGACGGGUGUCUGUAGUUUAGUGACCGUGGAGGUUAGAGAUAUUCAAGGACAAGGGUUUCCCGAGAAACUAGAGGGUUUGGCUGAUUCGGUGUUUCUAGACCUUCCGCAGCCUUGGCUCGCGGUUCCUUCUGCAGCGAAGAUGUUAAAGGAGGAUGGAGUUCUCUGCUCUUUCUCGCCUUGCAUUGAGCAAGUUCAACGUACUUGUGAAGUCCUCAGAUCAGAUUUCAUUGAGAUACGAACGUUUGAGGUGCUUCUCAGAACAUACGAAGUGAAGGAAAUGAAAGUGGAGACUGGUGCUGUGAUUGGUGAGAACCACGAUGAGAAGGAGAAUGGAGGACAGAGACCAAGCAAGAGAAAGCACGUUUCAAACGAAGACGACUACGCCGUUUCACACGACAACAACUCUUCUACUGCUGCUACUUCUGUCGUUAUGGCUCGGCCAUGUAGCGAGGCGAGAGGUCACACAGGCUAUUUAACGUUCGCUAGACUACAGUGCCUAUCUUAAGAUACUUCCAAGAUUUUUAUCAUGUUGUCACUCACUAGCACAAUUGUUUGUGAUUUUGAAUGUUGUAAUGCAAAUUUUGAAUUUCA